CGGCCGAAGCGAGGGGGAACCGAGAGCGUGGGUUGGGGGAUUAGGUGGGGAUCUGCGCAGUGACGAUCCACCUAACGGACCGGAGCUUCUCAGCACCGUUCUCCACUGAGUCAAGUUCAACAAGUGUUCAUCGUAAACAGGAGCUCUUCACUGUCCCUGAAACACGAUAAAAAUGCAGCUGGUAGGAAACAAUGUCCAGCCUCAAGCACCUGAGGAAAUGAGCGGCGACGCGCGGAAAAACGCUGUUGCCUCGCGCGGAAAAGUUCACGAGGCCAAAGGUCAUGCAUUUAAAGCAACUCUCCUGACCCAACCCUCAUUUUGCUCCCAGUGUGAUGCAUUCAUUUGGGGCUGGGGUAAACAAGGUUAUCAAUGCCAAGGGUGCUCUCUUGUGACCCACAAGCGCUGUCAUAAUGUUGUCCGCGCAGAAUGUCCCAAAACAGAUACCCAGCAGGUUGACAAUGAUGAAGCCGGAUCCUCAGUUCAAAAAGGCAAGCACCCCCACUCCUUCGCAGCCACCAUGUUCAUGAAGCCAACUUUCUGCAAUCAUUGCGGUACCUUGAUCUACGGUUUAUACAAGCAAGGACUUCAGUGUAAAGGAUGCAAAACCAACAUUCACAAGCGUUGCCAACCGAAUGUGGCUCAUGACUGCGGUCACAAGAAAAGUGCAUCAACCGAGUCCCUGCCGGGCCUUUAAAUUCUGAAGGUCUACUCGGCAGACGCCUAUAUGCCUACAAGUACAAGGUACGUCGUCGUCGCAGUUCUGUGUAUGGUUGAUUCGCUGGAUGGAACUUAAAUCAAUUGAAAUGCAAAUCCCGAUGGCGAUCGCUUUAACCGCUUUGCUUUAGCAAUGAGAGCUCUUCCGCGUGAGGAGUUUGAUUAAUGCCAUGACACGGAGUACGCUUCUGCUCUGAAGACAUUACUGAAUUAUGCCUCGAAUUGUAUGCUUCUUUUCCAUUUAUACGCUUUUUCAAUGUAUUCAGUGUAAAAAAAUAAAUGCGUCAAUUCAAUGCAAAAAAA